UCUCUCUGUCUCUGUCUCUCUCUCUAUCCAACACUGUCACCCACUCACGCAAAAUCAUGGCUGACAGAAACAGCCGAUUAAGUGUUAAGAAGGAAAAAGGAAAUGGGAAGGAAAAAAGUGUUAAAAGGCCUGAGAAAGUUGUGAAGAAUUCGGAGAACACCCCCGAGCAGCCGAAAAUGGAAGAAGAGAAGAGGAAUGGGGAAAGCGCAGGGGCCUCAGGAGCGGAGGUGGCCAGCACUGAGGAAAAAUCUGAGUUUCAGCCCAUAGAGCUGCCGCCGUUUGAGAUUGUCACAGGGGAGCUGAUGAGCCAGUUUUACUUCAAGUUUCAGUUCAGGAACGUGGAGUACUCAUCAGGGAGGAACAAAACCCUCCUGUGCUUCAGAGUGGACACAGCAGGAGGCAGCGUGGAGCCACUGAAAGGUUAUAUGGAGGAUGAACAUGCCACCUCUCAUGCUGAAGAAGCCUUCUUUCAGCAGGUGCUCCCUAACGCUUCACAGGAGUAUGAUGUUACAUGGUAUGUAUCAUCCAGUCCUUGCUUGGAUUGUGCAGCUAAGCUGGCCACCAUCCUUAAGCAGCGCAAAAAGCUGCGCCUCUGCAUAUUCUGCUCCCGUCUCUUUGAGUGGGAGGAGCCCGAGAUAGUAGAGGGGCUCCGAGCUCUGGUGAGCGCUGGCUGCAAACUGCGGAUGAUGAAGCCGUCCGACUUUGUGCACGUUUGGGAGACGUACGUGGACAAAGAUGAGGAGAGCUUUACACCCUGGGAGGACUGUCAGGAGAACUAUCUGUACUAUGUGGACAAACUGGCUGACAUCCUCAAGUAGAUGUGCACAAGAUCUCGCCACCGCCUUCUUGUGAAAUCACCACUUUUUGAACAUGUGUUUCUUGCAGUCACAUUUUAUGGUGCAAAUCAAUCCAUAUUAGUUUUAAUGAACUCUGGGGGCAACAUUUUGUAUUUUGUAUUUUAAUAAUUUUGUUGAAAGACACAAAAAUGCUUGAAUUUCUAGAUAAAUAUGUAUUGUAUACAGUUUCCAACCGGCAGAGCAAAAACAUUCACUGCUGAAUCAUUUAUUACAUUAAAUACGUUGUGACAUCUGG